UCUGGAGAAAGUGCAUUAUAUAUAUCGUUCUUGGUGUUGCCAAUAAGGAAUAAUAAAGAGUCACAUACAUACAUACAUCAAUUUUAUUGAAACUGAAAUUGUUGUUGAGAAAGAGAGAACGCAAGCUAAGCUGUAAUAAAGAGAAAAAUGGAAUGGAGAAAGUGCUAUUUGGAUGUGAUAUUGGUGCCAUUGGCGUUGAUAGUGAGCAUUGGCUACCAUAUGUGGCUCUGGCACAAGGUUAGGACUCACCCUCACACCACCAUCAUUGGCAUCAACUCUAGUGCCCGUAGGAAUUGGGUUAAUACCAUGUUGAAGGACAAUGACAAAAAAAACAUAUUGGCCGUACAAUCACUCCGGAACACAAUAAUGGGUUCAACCCUAAUGGCAACAACCUCCAUCCUCCUCUGCUCCGGCCUAGCGGCCGUGAUAAGCAGCACCUACAGCGUCAAAAAGCCGCUGAACGACGCAGUGUACGGCGCACACGGCGAGUUCAUGGUAGCUUUGAAAUACGUGACGCUGCUGACCCUCUUCCUCUUCUCAUUCUUUUGCCACUCCCUGUCCAUAAGGUUCAUAAACCAAGUAAACAUCCUAAUCAACAUUCCUCAGGAUCCAAUGUCUCUUGUGACUCCAGAAUACAUAAGUGAGAUAUUGGAGAGAGGGUUUAUGUUGAACACGGUUGGGAACAGGAUUUUCUACGGUGCACUACCUCUUUUGCUGUGGAUAUUUGGUCCUGUGCUGGUGUUCCUGUGCACCAUCACUAUGGUUCCAGUGCUUUACAAUCUUGACAUUGUGUUUACUACUGCCAAGGGAAAGAUGGUCAACGCCAAUCAAAACGCAGAUUUUGUAUGAAAUUAUUAUAUAUGUAUGUUUCUAUAUAUGUACAAUCUUAAUUAUAAUAAUAAAUAUUUUUAUGUGAA